GUGCGUGCACCGAUUUCUACCGCGGUGAAUUUUGUCAAGAUGAAUUCAUACAUAAGCCAGUACUUGUUCAGACCAUUAUUGGAGAUGCACCUCUAAGCAGUGUUGGCUUUGAACACUCUAACACACAUUACUUGGUUAUAGGAGGAUAUUACGAAGGUGUGUUGACAAAAGUGUAUAAGUACAAUAGUGAUACCGGCUUAUACGAGUAUUUCGUGUCCUUGCCGAACACGAAUCGUGUUAUGGGUAUGAAGGCGUUUGAUAUCAAUGGUCGAAUGUUUCUCUUUGUUGCAAAUAGAUUGGAAGGAUCAUCAACUACCACAACAUCACGACUGUUUGUGAUCAACGAUGACACAGGUGAUUUUGAAGUGCACCAACUCUUUACGACCUAUGAGCCUAUUGAUGUAUCAUAUUUGAGGAUGAAUAACGGGAACCGAUAUUUACUUAUAACAAAUUAUAAGAAAGUGAACGUGUACAAGAUUGAUUCUGUGGUUUAUCAAUGAAGCAACACAGAAAAACAGUUUUCACAAAUUGGUUUGCUACGAAAUACGGGCGCUAAAUACUCAACAUUAUUUGAAAUUGAUGGACAGAUAUUCGCAGGAAUCGCAAAUUUUUACGACAGCUCUGCUCAUUAUAAUGUACUAGACGUCAUUUUCAAAAUGAAUACAACAGGUUCGUGGUCUGUACACCAGAAGCUACCGGAAUCCGGUAAUGGUGGAUUUUCCAUUAAAUCAUUCCAAACAGACACAGGAUUAUAUCUUGUUUCCAUUCAAUUCCAAAAUUGCAUUCAAAAUUCAAUUGUGUACCGGUGGAAUCCAGUAAUCGAAGAGUUCGAAAUCCACCAGAAGAUACCAAUGGUAGACUGUCCUGUCAAUUCAGAAAUAUUUAAGGUUGGAGGAGAAGCUUUCAUGAUCACAUCAAACACUAUGGAUAAGCGGGGCAGUGGUAGACAAUAUAACGUUGUAAACGUUAUCUACAAGUUAGAGGGUAGUAUUUUUGUGAAAUAUCUAACUGUACCCGGAAGAGAGGUUUGGAACUGGAGCAGUUUUGAAAGGAACGGAGAACUGUACUUGGCUCAAGCUAACUCCAGACAUGAAACUAAUGAUACUACAGUCGGUACAAGCCUUAAAAUAUUUCAAUGGAAGUAAAAAAUAACAACGUUUUAGCAUACAUCGCUACGUAAACACCUGUUAAAGUGUUAAAAAUUGAAUCCCUGGUCCUCUGGUAACAAUUCCUGUUACAGUAACAGGAUUUUUCUCACGACCAAACAACUCAACUCUCUAAGCCUCUUGUGAAGGGAUAUGCCACUUUCAAUAGUGAUUAAGUUCACUGCUUGGCAAUCCUUGGCCUUCGGCCUGAAACCAAUUAUUAUAUAAAUAAAAUAGAAUAAAUAAGAGAUGAACAAAAGUCCAGGAGAGGACACCCUGGCCUCCCAUGGCAAA